UCGUUGACCAGCCCAGAUCUUAGCGAGCGCGCUCCCGCGCCGCCGGAGGAAAGAAUGCAGUUGUCCUUUCGCGCAGAAAGACAACACAAGAAACGCCGAAUCUGUGGACCAAACACACUCUUUACACUCUCAUUGUGCUGACGAGAUAAGGAUAUUUUCGCGAGAAGAGGAAAGGCAGGCGUCGAAAAAAGGAGGAGAAGAAGAAAGACAGCGGUCGAGAGAGUGGGAGGUUGUCUGUCCUGCCCAGAGAUUGGCAUUCAGCCACCAGUGCCGAGUGACGAGGCAGUGGGAGAAGGGGUCCAGUGCACCUACAUGCUGGAAAUUUGAGGUGUCGUUGUCAGACUACAAUUGGUUCCUGUAGUCAGCAUCUUCAUGGAGGUGUUUUCGGUCCACUGACUGAGAAGAACUACUCUCAGCAGCCAUGUCAGCCUGCGGCACAUUCACGGAGCAUGUGUGGAAACCAGGCGAGUGCAAGAACUGCUUCAAGCCAAAGAGUCUGCACUCCCUAGCACUGAGCGGCAGGGAGAAGCUCCGGUCCGAACAGAGACUUCCAACGACGCAGCAGCAGAUUCCGCCCCAUGCCAGGACCAAGACCAACUUUUACCUUGCCAGCGGGAGUGCCAGCUCCGGACAGUUCCGUCCACCGGUGGCAAAGAAACCAACUAUUGCCGUGAAGCCCACUAUGAUGCUUCCGUGCUCUUUGUCGGGGUUGGGUCCAACAAAUGUCAUAGAACCUGGCAAAACAUCUGCCCCAAUGGUCUGGAAUCAGAGUGGAGUAAACCGUAAGAGGACCUACAGUCCAAGCAAUAACAAUGAGCGAGACAGUACCAAUGAGAUUGAGGGUUACGAGCAGUUUAGACCAAGGACCCCAAGUGGAAAUAACAAUAGCGGACUGACUGAUGUCUUAAAAGAGAUUGUGGGGUUAGCCCCUGGUCCUAGCCUAUCUCCCGUCUCAAAGGACUUGUUUUGGGGACGAAUCAGUAGCUCAUACCGCAAGUCGCUAGAAAGAGGCCUUCCAGCUCCUAGUUGUUUGGCUAUGGGAAGUUGCAUUAGUGGUGGUGGUACCAGUCAAAAAAGGGUAUCCCUUAGUGAUAGCACAGAGAUUAUUAGCUCAGAGGGUGGGCGCUUCUGCUAUCCUGAAUUUUCGAGUGAGGAGGAAGAUGAUGAAGAUGACGAGGAAGAAGAUGAGUACGAAAGAGACAAUGAACACGAGAGCUGGGACGAAAGUGAUGAAGAGUUACUUGCUAUGGAGAUCCGCAUGAGAGGCCAGCCACGAUUUGCAAAUUUCCGAGCUGCCACAUUGUCCCCAGUGCCCUUUGCUGCAGGCAAAAAGUGGAACACCGUUCCACUACGCAAUCGUUCUUUACAACGGAUUUGUGCAGUGGAUUAUGAUGAUAGCUAUGAUGAAAUUUUGAAUGGGUACCCAUCCAUGGACUCCACUGGAGUGAUUCUGACUUAUGGGGUUCAUGACAGUCAAGGCAGUGGUUUCCUUACCAAUUCAGAGUCUACAGUUUCUCCAGGGUCCUCAUCAUCUUUACCCGAGGACUCUCAGACUGCAUCUAGCAGUGAGAGCAGUAUCUCCGGUGUUCAUCGAAAUGGAUUGCAAUCCCCUGCACCAUUAAAAUCCCAUGUUACUUGUACUUCUCCAGCAAAAAAAGAGCCACCUCACAAAGCGCAGAGUCCUGUGAAGGUUACAGAGACUCAUAAGGCUGUUCUGGCUAUCAGAUUAGAUGACAAGGAUCAGUCAGUAUUGAUGCCUCAAGCCCUUCCAGGUCAACCAGUGACUAUUAGUUUCAGUCCCACAGAAGAACAAGCUAAACCGUACCGUGUGGUCAAUUUAGAAAAGUCACUUAUUUGUAAACCUUACACUGUUGUAGAUGUUUCAGCUUCCAUGACCAAGAAAGAUGAAUAUAUAAAGGACUCCGCCCUGAAGCACAAAAACAAAUCAGUGCCCUCCAGCCCAAUAUCUCCAAUGUCUCCAAUGUCCCCUAGUAUUUUAACUUCUCCUGGGUUGCCAGCCUCUGUCGUCCACUCAAAUGGGUCCAGAAAAAAAAUAGGGAGCAUGUGUUACCAAGAAGUAUGGACAUCAAGCACGAGCCCUCGCCAAAAGAUCCCCAAAGUUGAUUUGGGAAAUGGGAGCACCGCUGGUCAGUCUAUAGCUUCUCAAUACUUCAGCCACAAAUCAGCUCCGACAUCUCCAGUUGCUGGGCUAUCUUCUUCCCGAACGGUACCCGUAAAAUCUCCCAAUUUAUCUGAGAUUAAGUUCAACAGUUUCAAUAAUGCAGGCAUGCCUCCUUUUCCCAUUAUCAUACGAGAUGAGCCAGCAUAUGCUCGCAGCUCUAAAAAUGCUGUAAAGGUACCAAUCGUUAUCAAUCCAAGUGCUUAUGACAACUUAGCCGUGUACAAGAGCUUCCUGGGUGUCAGUGGGGAGCUGACACAGUCAAAGGGGGUUGGCAGUCGGGCUACCAGCCAUACCUACGAAGAAAUUGGAUCCUCCGAGAGUUUCCAGUCUACCUCGACGGAAAAAUCCCUUUUUGGCAAAAGCACAUUUGAGAGAGCAUCUUUGGAAGAUUCAAAAGGUUCACUCCCAGCAGGAAUUAAAGCACCCAAUCUACAACCCAGAACCACUACAGAUUCGCUUACAGUGACUCAUACUGUGGUGAACCCUCCAGGUGGGGCUCUUUCACCCACUGUAUCGGCUGAAAACACACCUAAAAGUAGCUGUGCUGUGAUUACACACAGUUGCAGUAAAAAUAAUGAUAUAGGGCAAUCUUCUGGUGUAGUCGUAAACCAUCAAGUGGAGGCCAGUGCCGUUCUCUCACAGAUAGUGGCCUCCAUCCAGCCUCCCCAGUCUCCUCCAGACACACCUUCAGCUCAUGACAAAUCUUCCAGUUCUGAGGAGCUUUAUGCCCUUCCACCUGAUGCCAUGAAAGAGACCCCCACAAGACCCAAGUCUCUAUUCUCUACUAAUGACGCAAUAGUUGUCAAGCCUAUUAAAGACACGCUCUCAAAAGUGAUGUCUAAGUCUCAGAGCGCGUCUGCUGCCCUCCCACUUUGCACCAGCAGGUUACAGCAAAACCCUCCUUUCCCCCCACCGAGGUCCACAUCAUCCCCUUAUCAUGCUUCAAACAUCCUCCAAAGACAUUUCAGCAACUGGACAAAGAGCUCUGCCUCUAGUUCUCCUAUGCGUCCUGUUGAAGGUGAAACAAGUUUAAACGGGGAUGGGAAGCGUAAUACACCAGAGAGCUCGAAACCCAAACGGUGGAUCUCCUUUAAGAGCUUUUUCCGUCGACGAAAAGAUGAGGACGAGCACAGAGAGAAGUCAGAGAAAGAAAAAGAGAAAGGCAAGUUGGUCGGGCUCGACGGAACCGUCAUUCAUAUUCUUCCACCACCCCCGAUUCAGCAGCAACACUGGUUCUCAGAGGCCAAAUCUGAGGAUCCCACACAGAAACCAACCAUCGUGUUUACCUAUAAAAAGGAAAGUGGUGGUAUGGCAGAUGGAGAAGGAGAACCACAAGUAGAAGAAUGCAAGGAGACUGCAUUGCUGUCACCCAAUGAUGGCCAGGAGGACAGACCAUUGAGACUUGGUCAAGCAGCAACAUCAGAGUUCACUGGAGUCACUGGCGUCAACUACAAAAGCCAGGUAUCUGGCAGCGCCAACAAUGCCAGGGAUGGGGAACGUCCCGUUCCCACCCCUGUCCCCGCCAGAGUCAAUCUGGGGUUGGUGUUCGGGGAGUGCGAAGAAAACAACCGCGCCAACCAGGAUGCCUCGACCAGCGAACGCAGCGCCAGCCUUGGGGAGCCGGAGGAUGACGAGAAUCAGUCACAUCGCUCGCACUCGCCCGCCUCCAGCCAGUGCAGCGCCACGUACAGUAACCUUGGUCAAUCAAGAGCCAACAUGAUUCCGCUGAAACAGCCCCGGAGCAUGAAAGCAUCAAACGACACCCUUGCUUCCAUCGACCUGGAAGCCUUCACAGACCGACCGCUCCCCAAGGCUACCCCUCCACCCCUGCCGAAAAAGGCGGUACCCCGCUCCAGCACAGAGCCCAACCUUGGCAGUAAGGAGCCCCUGCAGGGCGCCUUUAGGCCUCGGGCGGAGGCCAAACCUGGCGGCACCAACCUAAGCGUCGCCAAUCCUCUCUAUGACCUGGACACUACCUGGGAGACGGCCAGUCAGAGCUCCUCGCUUAGCUCUGAGCCACAGCGGCCUCACGACCAGGAGAGCGGUGACUCCCUGGAGCUUCCGUCGGCCUCCAUCGCCCAGGCCCGCCCCACUAACAGCGUGUCCUCGUUGGUCACACCAGCUGCUGCCACCAGGGAGAAGAAAGUCUACCCAAGCACAGAGUCUGUUGCUGGACGUAGUCGCAAAACGAGUCAAAGCACUGCCCCAUCCAAGCACCAGAGGUCAGCGCUGUACCGGGGCUUGGACAGCUGGGAUGAGGUGGUGGGCAGGAUUCGUGGUCUUCACACGGACACCUUGAGGAAGCUGUCCUCCAAGUGCGAGGAUCGUUUCAUGGCCGGCCAGAAAGACCACUUGAGGUUCGGGACUGACAGCUGGUCCCACUUCAAGCUGACUACGGGGAGACCCUGUUGUGAGGCCGGAGACGCCGUCUACUACACCGCUUCGUUCGCAAAGGACCCGUUGGUCAACUACGCCGUCAAGAUCUGCCGGAGCAAAAUGAAAGAGACUCAGCAGCAGUUAUUCCACAGUCUAGCCGUAAGGCAGAGCCUGCCAUUGCACUUCAACAUCCAGCAGGACUGUGGACACUUCCUUGCCGAUGUCCCCACCCGCCUGCUGCCCUGGGAGGAGGAGGAGACUGAAGAAGUAGAAGCCUCCAAGCGUUUCUCUUUCUCCUUCCUCAUCUUCCUCUUCAUCGUCCUGCGGGAUGGAGAGCGACGCCUGAAGAGACGAGAAAGGAGAGCGCCGUGUUUGUCCACGGCUGGCUGCUGCACCAUGUCCUCGCCUCCGAGUGGGGAUAUUUCAGGCUACCAUCUGAGUGUGGUGCGUAACCCGGCGGGCUGGGAGGUGGGCAUCUACCUGUUUGGCUUUGUGGUGCUGCUGGCCGCGGCCGGCCUGAACAUCUGGAAGCUGUGGAAGUCUGGAACCUUCCCAGCGCCGUCGCCCUUCCCCAACUUUGACUACAGAUAUCUGCAGGAAAAAUACGGAACGUCAUUCUCAGAGGUCCGACAGAAGCGAGUGGCAGCCAACAACCACCGCCGCACCUCCACCACGUCCAGCCGCAAGCCCAGCCUGGCAGCGUGCGACACCCCGGACGGCCUCAGGGACCUGGGCCACCUGGAGCUGAUGGGCCGAGAGCCGGACCUGAGCAGCGUGGUCCAGCUCAACCGCUCCAUCUCCACCGACUCGCUCAGCUCCAUCUCGUCCAUCGCCAACAACUUCGGCCACGACUUCACCGUGGGCCAGCUGGAGGUCACGCUGGAGUUUGAGUCCGGUAGACCGGCCGGCCUGCAGGGAGCGAGCGUGCUGCACAUCACCCUGCACCAGGGCAAGGACCUGCUGGAGAAGGAAGAGGGAGACUUCCCAGGGUGCUUCAUCAGGGUCUCUCUGGGGCCCGAGGAACUCAAUGUGGGCGUCACAAGGGUGCAGACAAACGCCUUCACUGUCGUCUUUGACGAGCGCUUCUCGGUGGCGGCGGACGUCUGCGCCCUGGAAGAAUGCAGCCUCAGAUUCGCCGCCUUUGGCAUCGACAGCGAGGAGAGGAACAUCAGUGCGGGGGUGGCAGAACUCAAGCUGUCAGACCUAGACCUGACCGUCAGACCGUUCAACGCCUGGCUCUACCUCCAGGAUGUCAAUAAAGCCGUGGAUGCGGUCGGGGAAAUCCUCUUGUCUCUCAGCUACUUGCCUACAGCAGAGCGCCUCACGGUGGUGGUGGCCAAGUGUAAGAACCUGCAGUGGACCGACGACAAGAACACUGCAGAUCCAUUCGUCAAAGUUUACCUGCUGCAAGACGGCCGCAAGAUAAGCAAGAAGAAGACGUCCACCAAGCGGGACGACACCAACCCCAUUUUCAACGAGGCCAUGAUCUUCUCUGUGCCCUCCCUCGUCCUGCAGGAGCUCUCUCUGAGGGUCACGGUGGCGGAGGCCUCAGACGACGGCCGAGGCGAGAACUUGGGUCACGUGAUCAUCGGCCCGGAGGCCAGUGGCAUGGGCAUCACCCACUGGAACCAGAUGCUGGCCACCCUGAGGAAGCCCGUGUCCAUGUGGCACCCUUUGCGCAGGAUCUAGUUCCAAGUAAAUGAUCUUUGCAAAGGAACAAUGGAUUGGAUUGUUGACACGUUAGAGCGUACCUAAUAAAGUGUCUGGUGAACGUGGCGCCAGUGUGUGACCCCAAUUACGGUUACUUCUUGGCGCAUAUUGAUUAAUUUAUCCCUUAUCUUAUUUCAACAACGAUAUGAUCUGAAAAUGUCCAAAAUGACAUUUUCUAACUUUUCAGUGAACACUUCUUUAAAAAAACAAAACUUUUCCAUUUAACAUGAUUUUAUGUCUGUUUUGUAGCUGAGAAUAUUCAUGAAAAGUACAAGUAAAACCAAUGAAAUUGAGUACAACCAGUGUGAAGGUGACUUCUUACAAGGAUACAAGUAGCUUCUUGAGAAUAAAGUCGUAACACUACGAGAAUACAUUUGAAAUAUCACGUGAAAAAAGGGAAACUUUAGGAAAAUAAAGUCGACAAAAAAAUAACAUUGAUUUGGAAAAUGUCACUAAGUAACGCACUAAAUAAAUAGUAUAUGAAGAAAGUUAAUUUGAUGAGAAUAAAGUUGUAACACCGCGAGAAUGUAUUCGUAAAUUACGUGAAAAUAGCAAAACUUUAGGAAAAUAAAGUCGAGAAAAAUAACAUUGAUGUAGAAAAUGUCACAUUGUUGCAAGAAUAACGUACUAAAUAAAUAUUAUAUGAAGAAAGUUAAUUUGAUGAGGAUAGUUAUAAAACUAUGAGAAUAAAUUUGUAAUAUUGUGUGAAAAUAGGGAAACUAGGAAAAUAAAGUCGAGAAAAAUUACAUUGAUGUAGAAUAUUUCACAUUGUUGCAAGAAUAACGUACUAAAUAAAUAGUAUAUGAAUAAAGUUAAUUUGAUGAGGAUAAAGGUAUAAAACUAUGAGAACAAAUUUGUAAUAUUAUGUGAAAAUAGGGAAACUUUAGGAAAAUAAAGUCGAGAAAAAUAAACCUGAUGUAGAAAAUGUCACCUUGUUGCAAGAAUGACGUACUAAAUAAAUAGUACAUGAAGAAAGAUAAUUUGAUGAGAAUAAAGUUAUAAAACUAUGGGACUAAAUUGCUAAUAUUAUGUGAAAAUAUGGAAACUUUAGGAAAAUAAAGUCCAGAAAAAUAAACCUGAUGUAGAAAAUGUCACCUUGUUGCAAGAAUAACGUACUAAAUAAAUAGUGCAUGAAGAAAGUUAAUUUUAUGAGGAUGAAGUUAUAAAACAAUGGGAAUACAUUUGUAAUAUUAUGUGAAAAUAGGGAAACUUUAGGAAAAAAAAAUUGAGAAAAAUAAACCUGAUGUAGAAAAUGUCACCUUGUUGCAAGAAUAACGUACUAAAUAAAUAGUGCAUGAAGAAAGUUAAUUUUAUGAGGAUAAAGUUAUAAAACAAUGGGAAUACAUUUGUAAUAUUAUGUGAAAAUAGGGAAACUUUAGGAAAAAAAAAUUGAGAAAAAUAAACCUGAUGUAGAAAAUGUCACCUUGUUGCAAGAAUAACGUACUAAAUAAAUAGUAUAUGAAGAAGGUUAAUUUGAUGAAAAUAAAGUUAUAAAACUAUGAGAACAUGUUUGUAAUAUUAUGUGAAAAUAGCAAAACUUUAGAAAAAUAAAGUAGAGAAAAUAACACUGAUGUAGAAAAAAGAAUAUCGUACUAAAUAAAUACUAUUGGAUGAAGGUUCAAUAGAAAAUAAUAAAGUUGUUAACCUAUGAGAAUACAUUUGUAAUAUUAUAUGAAAAUAGGGAAACUUUAGGAAAAUAAAGUCGAGAAAAAUAACACUGAGGUAGAAAAUGUCACAUUAUUACGAGAUUAAAGAACUAAAUAAAUACUGUAUAAAGAAGGUUAAUUUGAUGGGAAUAAAGUUGUAAAACUAUUAGAAUAUGUUUGUAAUAUUACGUGAAAAUAGAAAAACCUUAGGAAAAUAAAGUCGAGAAAUAUAAUAUUGAUGUAGAAAAGGUUACAUUAUUAUCAUAAUAAUGUACUAAAUAAAUAGCAUAUGAAGAAGGUUAAUUUGUUGGAAUAAAGUUGUAACACUGUUGUAAGAAUAAUGUACUAAAUAAAUAGUAUAAAAAUAAUGUUAAUUUGAAGAUAAUAAAGUUGUAAAACUAUGAAAAUAAUUGUGUAAUAUUACGGGAAAAUAGGGAAACUUUAGGAAAAUAAUGACGGGAAAAUUGCAUUGAUGUAGAAAAUGUCACAGUAUUACGAUAAUCAUGUACUAAAUAAAUAGUACAUGAAGAAGGUUCAUUUGAUAGGAAUAAAAUUGUAACAUUAUGAGUUUAUAUUCGUAAUAUUACGUGAAAAUAGGGGAGGAAAGUAGAGAAAAAUAACAUUGAUUUAGAAAAAUUAACAUUAUUGCAAAAAUAACAUACUAAAUAAAUAGUAUAAAAAAAGGUUAAUUUGAAAAGGAUAAAGUUAAAUAAUUAUGAUUUUAAAAAAUCCUCAUAUCAUGUCAUAAAAAAUGUAUUAUCAUGAGUAAAGCAAUAGUCACUUUACAUGAAAGUUAAUAUUCAGAGAAAACAGAUCAGAGAUUAAAGUCAUAGAACUAGAUGAUUGUUUUUUUUUAACAUUCUCAUGUUAAAAUUACUAUCUUUUUGAAAAAAAUGCUUAAUAUUGUAACAUUAAAUACUUGUUUGUUCUCAUUUGAGUGCUUUAUCAUCGUGUUAUUACUCAACAUUCCAAACAAACCCACAUUCAGUGGUCUGGAAUGAAAGAUAACACUUGAGUGUAAAUGCCAAAGUUGACUCUUGGUUGAACGCGGCCCACCCUCGACGGGCAUGAAGCCCCCCUACCAAACUCGACCACUCACACUUGCAUGGUGCCUACUUUGCGGGUGUUUUCUUGUGAUUAAAAAAAAAAAACGGAAAUCCAGGUACUCUCUCUCUCUCUUUCCAGGUGAUGUAAAUGUAAUUUGUAGCAGAUGUUACAGGGUGGUUGAUAUAAACAGACGCGAUGUUGUUCUAUUUCUACCAUUAAAAUUGCAAUACUAGGCAUUAUUAAGAGUGUAAAAAAAAAUUGCACAUUUCUUUUGUGUUCUUGCCAGAUUAUAUUUGUCUUCAUUGUAAAAGCCAGUAUCGUUGCCUUUGGGAAUCAUUUUGAAUGUAAAAUAGUUGAACCAGGGUUGUCCAAACUUUUUACAUUAUGCAUAAACAUUUAAUUAAAGGACAAUAUUCUUAACGCUCGAAUUAGUCCAGGAUAUGCUUUUGCUACGCUAACUCUGUGAUGCGAUGCUAUGUUUCGUUUUAUUACAUUAAAACAUUUCGACAGCCCUGGUCUAAAUCUAUUCAAUGGCGUCGUAGUUGAUUUAUCAUUACAUUGUUGACGCUCUGAGUGAAUGUAGUUUCACGUCAUGCUACAUUUUAUGACUUUGUGCUGCAAUUGAAUCAUUUUGGGUUUUUUUUUUACCCAAUGAAACUCACACAUUGACGGAUAUUCUCACGUGCCAAAUAACCAAGCAAUAGUCUCCAUUUCCAGUCAGCGUUUGACUUCUUGACCAUGCAUGAAGCUCUUUAGCACUUAUUGUUGUGAACGUGCUCACAUGCUUGUUGUCAAUGCUGUUUGAAAUAAAAUACAUUCAACAUGA